AGGUCCCAACAUUCGAAGUAGAAGAAUAAUGCAGAGCAUCACUCCACGCACACAAGGUUCAGCCUAUGCAACCCACGAGCUGCCCAAUCUUCAAUCACCCGGCCCUCCUCCUCUUGGAGAAGUGCAAGACAUUACACGCUCUCAAGCAGGUCCACGGUUGGAUGAUCACAAGUGGUCUCAUCCUCCACACCUUCCCUCUCAGUAGAAUCCUCCUCACGUCCUCCGCCAUUGCCUCAUCCUACUCGCUCUCCAUCUUCACCCGCAUCCCAAACCCAUCAAUCUUCCUCUUCAACACCCUCAUCUCCUCACUCUCAAACCACAAACGCAACGCCCACUUGGCCCUCUCCCUCUACUCGCAGCUCAUCUCUCACAAGGCCCUCCGACCCAACAGCUUCACCUUCCCAUCUCUCUUCAAGGCUUGUGGGUCUCACCCCUGGCUCGCUCACGGUCGAGCCCUCCACACCCAUGUCCUAAAAUUCCUUCAACCCUCCUACGAUCACUUCAUUCAGGCUUCAUUGCUCAAUUUCUAUUCCAAGUGUGGAAAGGUGAAUAUUUCCAGAUAUUUCUUCAAUCAAAUUAGCAAGCCUGAUUUGGCUACAUGGAAUUCUAUAUUAGCUGCUUACGCUCGUAAUGGUAAUGCUAGUUGUUUUGGUAAUGUUGAUAGUGAAGAUGUUGAUUUGUCUUUAGAGGUAUUGCUUUUGUUUGGGGAGAUGCAAAAUUCUCUGGUUAGGCCUAGUGAAGUUACUCUCGUGUCUCUGAUUAGUGCUUGUUCUGAUUUGGGUGCACUGAGCCAAGGAGCAUGGGCACAUGCUUAUGUUAUUAAGAAGAAAUUGGUGUUAAACCACUUUUUGGGUACUGCUCUUAUUGAAUUGUAUUCUAAAUGUGGGUGUCUUGAUUUGGCUCGCCAAUUGUUUGAACUAUUGACUCAAAGAGACACAUUGUGUUACAAUGCCAUGAUUGGUGCAUUUGCAAUUCAUGGUUACGGCCACAGGGCACUUGAUCUUUUCAAGAAAAUGAGACUUGAAGGGCUUUUUGUGGACGAUGUAACCUUAAUAGUUACAAUGUGUGCUUGCUCCCAUGUUGGAUUGGUAGAGGAGGGUUGUGAGUUAUUUGAGUCUAUGAAGGGGAUUUAUGGAAUUGAACCAAAACUUGAGCAUUAUGGAUGUUUGGUAGAUCUUCUUGGUCGAGCAGGGCAGCUUGAGGAGGCUGAGCGAAGGAUUCAGACCAUGCCCAUUAAGGCAAAUGCAAUUUUAUGGAGGUCUUUACUUGGGGCAGCAAGAGUUCAUCGUAAUCUAGAAAUAGGAGAAGUUGCACUCAAGAACUUGAUACAGUUAGAGCCAGAGACUAGUGGGAAUUAUGUUCUUUUAUCAAAUAUUUAUGCAAUUACUGAUAAAUGGGAUGAUGUAACAAGGGUAAGGAAACUGAUGAAAGAUCGAAAAAUUAAUAAAAUGCCUGGAAGUAGCUUGAUUGAGAUUGAUGGUGUGAUGCAUGAGUUCCUCAUGGGAGAUAAGACGCACCCCCAUACUGAACAGAUUUAUAUGAAACUUGAAGAGAUUGGCAGAAGGCUGAAAGAAUAUGGUCAUGAGCCCAGAACUAAAGAAGUGUUUUUUGACAUAGCAGAGGAGGAGAAGGAAGAUGCUCUCCUUUGUCAUAGUGAGAGGCUUGCAAUUGCUUUUGCUUUUAUUGCAUCUCAUUCAGGCACCACUAUACGAAUUAUAAAGAACCUUCGCAUUUGCAGUGAUUGCCAUGCAAGUACAAAGCUUAUUUCAAAGAUAUAUGAAAGGGACAUUGUAGUAAGAGAUCGAAAUCGGUUUCACCACUUCCAAAAUGGUGCUUGUUCUUGUUUAGAUUAUUGUAUGUGUGCCUCAUGAACCCAGUAGAGAUGCCUCUCUCGUUGGAACUAGAGAUGGUGAUUGAGGAGAUCAACGAUGGCAAGGCUGUGCUGCCUGAAAAG